AUAUCGUUAGAUGCCUGCCUCUCUCUCUCUCUCUCUCUGGUUUCUUUCAAUGCAUGAAUGCCUAUAAUAGAUUAGAUUAGAUUGCUAAAACGUCCAACCCCAGAUUUCUUGCAGGAGACUUUCCUAUCUGCAAACGGCACUUUCCCUUGCGUUGGCUUUCUCUCCACUCAUUCCUUGCCUGUAUUGAAUCGCUUGCUUUGCUGAAUUUUGAUCUGUUUUUCUUUUGUUGUGUCUUUUUCUUUUUUGUCAAUUUACAUAGACCUGUAUUGUAUUUGAGAGAGAGAGAGAGAGAGAGAGAGAGAGAGAGAGUCAGGUGUUUUUAUUUUUUUAAAUUACUAUGGGUAGGCUUUAUUUGAUCAAUCUGGAAGGUAAGAUCUACAGUUGCAAGCACUGCCAGACCCAUUUCGCGCUUUACGAAGACAUCGUCUCCAAGUCUUUUCAUUGCAAGCAUGGGAAGGCUUAUCUCUUCAGUAAGGUUGUCAAUGUCUCAGUGGGAGUGAAAGAAGACCGGUUAAUGAUGACAGGAAUGCACACAGUUGCUGACAUAUUUUGUGUCGGUUGUGGGUCGAUCGUGGGGUGGAAAUAUGAGGCUGCACAUGUGAAAAGCCAGAAGUACAAGGAAGGGAAGUUCAUCCUGGAGAGGUUCAAAGUGUCAGGCCCUGGUGGAACCAACUACUGGGCCAGCGAUGAAGCUCAGAUUGGCGGAAGUGAUGCUGAUGAUGCUUGAUUAGCCAUUUUCUUAGAUCAGAUGAACAUCAACUGGUUAAUUAUUGUACAGUCUCUCCACUUGUGUUCUCAUUGGACUAGUUGAAUUCUGAAAAUUGCUGCUUCUCUUCUUCACAGCUUAGUCAGCUGUCCCAAUAAUAUAGAUUCUCAUUUCCUUAA